UCGCUCAGUCUUACCUCUGCAGCCUCUGGAGGAAGUUGUAGUGACUUACAGGAAGAUACAGUUGGCUUUUUCAGAACACAAGAAAAUAUUUGAGUGAGGAGAAGGAUGUUGGGUUUCCUUGGAUGCUUUGUUUGUCUUUUGGUGGCUUCUGUUGUCCAUGCAGAUGGUCGAGUGUUUGUGGUGGAGCUUGGGAACUUGUCGUCCAGUUCUACGUUGCGUGACGGCGAGGGGGCUUGCGCCUCCCGGCAGGCCCGCCUGGCGUCGGCCUCGGAGCUAAGACACGCGGUCAUGGAGUGCUUCUUCUCUUCGUGCACACGCGGUUGGCUCUCCGGAGGCUCGCUCGGGAUCACCGAGUGUAACUAUGUGGGCGGCUCGCUAAAAGCCGUGGAUGUGAGGACAGAAAACGCUACGAGCGACCCCAACAGUUUGAAUGCGUUCUGUAUCAAAGACAACGGCGUGCCAUGCGGUGACCCCCCAUCUUUCCCCAACGCCCGCCUUCAAGACCACAGCGGCUUUGAACUGGGCGAUGAGCUCCUAUACACAUGCGUUCCAGGCUACGUCAUGCCCAACGGCCACAGUGCCUUCAGCUUGCUGUGCGACAGCUGCGGCGAGUGGUAUGGACUGGUGCAGAUUUGCAUCAAAGACUUUACAGAGGCUCACGUGGACUACGAGGACCAGUUCACGUAUGCCGAUGCGGACCACCAGAAUGAGGACGACAGGCAAUUGGAGGCUCACCGAACCAUGGCCCACCCAGAAGAACCCAGGGACCAGGAGGUCCAAGAGAUAAGCUUUCAAAGAGAGGAAGAGGAUCCAAACAUACAAGGUCAGGAGCAGGUGCAAGUCGAUGGUGUUGACAUCAAAGAAUUGACGGGAAGUGACAAGGAACGGGAUUGGGAGGACUCCGCUGGGCAGGAACGGGUGGCGACGACAGCAUCCUCGGAACCGCCGGUCUCCCUGUUGACCCAGAAACACCUCUUCUGGUUCCCCUCGGAGGCCUUCCAGCAGCAACAGCAGGAACAACACCCAGUCUCCGUGGAUCCCGUUACCCUGACUACAACUCAGCGGCCCUCCGGCGGGCAGUCCGAGGAGAACUUUAACAACCGCGAGCGAGAGAGUCUCGAUCACCGUGAUGUCGGUCAAGUGGAACAAAUUCCAGUUCAGCAGGAAGAACUGGACAAUCGCGACCACUACGAAAACCACCACGGCGAUCACUAUGACAUGGGCGAGCACGAGGAGGUGCGCUACGGCAGCUGGAAUGACAGUUCUGACGGACAUGGUGCCCAUGAGGACGGCAGCCAUUUUCAGGAGAAUGGUUCUGAUGAGCAUUCGGACCAUGACGAUCAUGACGAUCGCGUUCAUGAAGAAAAUUCCGAGCACAAUAACAACAACCACGGUGAUGAUCACGACCAUGAUCACGAUGAACACUAUGACCACAAACACCACGAUGAUGACGAUGACGUCCACCGUGACGAUCACGACGGACAAGACCAUGACGAUCACAACGGUCGCUACGACCAUCAUGAAUACAACCAUGAGGACGAUAACAGGGAAGACCGUGACCACUAUACAGACGACGGGAGGCAGGAUGGCGACAUCAGCCACGCCGAACAAGAUAGCCACGACGAACAUGAGAGCCGCGAAGACGGUGAUGGUCAUCAGCACGUCGUAUUUCCUGAAACAAGCAAAACCAGUCAUAACGCCACCCGGGACGACGUAGGAGGAGCGAGCACCACAGACGAAACCUGGCUGGACGGACACCCGGUUGCCGCCCACCCUAAUGAGGUAGAAGAACUGGGCCCAGACGCCAGCAUCUCAGAAGCACCUGAAGCUGAAGAACGGGAAACUACCGCCCCAGACAACCCCGCCUCUUCCUCUUCCUCGGAUACCAUGGAGUACGACACCCAGCAGGUGGUCCCCACCAACUCGCGGCUCCUAGAUCUUACCCAAAACCCCUUCCUGGAUCCGACACAGGAUAGCGACACCCUUGAUGAGUCAACCGGGGAGCGCACCUUGCACAACUUGCCUGGUGAGACUGGUGAAAGGGGUGAGGUGGAGGGUGAGAUGGGCGAGACGGUAUGCAUUGGGGAGAACUGCCCGCCGCCCAACCCCUCUCGCCAAGGCCCCACCGUGGCGGCCAUCAUUGCAGCGGUAUGCGUGGUGGUCGCGGCAGUCAUAUUGACGGUGUGGUGCUACCGGUGGCGACAGCAGAAGAAUUCUGGGUACAACAUGAACGGGAAGGGACAAAGCAGCCAGCACAUGGAGAUGCAACAGAAAGUUUAGGGUUUCAGAGACUUUUUGGGGUGGAAUGCGCAGCAGAAUUUGGGAUAAAUUUGCGGGGGGUGCUAGAGACAAGUCGGACCACAACAGAAAAGUGACACACAGUGGACCCUCGGAAGUCGAACACAAGCCGUUUCCAUUUUGAUUUUUUUUUUCUCCGGAUUUUGGGUUAAUUUUCACACUGACUGCAUUAGAGGGGAAAAAGUAAAGCCAUUUAUUUGUUGCUGCCCUCAGAGCAAACUCGGUAAAGCAGAAGGAGCACAUCGCUGUGGGUUUGCACAGUCGAUGCGGCUGCAUGUAUUGAGAUAAGAAAAUGCCAGACGACAUCAUACGGAUGCCGCCAUUGCUCUCAACGUAAAAGGGCGUGGCCUGCGAGUUUCGGGUAUUAACCCUCACCCUCUUGUCACAGAGGUCCGCUUUCCACCGUUGUAAUGGUCCUGUCCUACAUUAGAAGCUGGUGGUAAAUAUAUAUAUAUAUAUAUAUAUAUAUAUAUAUAUAUAAAGCUAACCAUAGACAAAAUAAAAUCCUGCCACCAAUGAUUUGCUUGUUUGUAUGAAGCUUGGGUUUAAAUCAUCCAUUUUGAAAACUGUUUGAGUUCUGAUGUUCCACUGAAUGUUGAAAGGAAUUUUUUUUGGUCAUCAAUGCUUUUUAAAUGACAACCGUCGAGCUGGAAUGGCGGCUUGCUUUUUUCACCCCCAUUUAAAAGUGUCAUGAGCAGAAAACGGCGAAUAUCAGGCAGUCGAGCCCCGCACAGUUAAUUCUUAUGCUUUCGACGAUCACCAGACAUCGUUAAUCACUGUUAAUGACGCAAGAUGCUGUUUGCCUGAUCAAAUUUACAACGAAAGUUUGGGUUGAAAUCUUGACGACAAAUUGUUCCACUGUAUGUAGUGCGGAAUUGUUUUUUAAAUGUCAGUCGUCGAGCUGGAAUGGCGGUUUGCAUUUGGGGAAGUUUGUCUAUUAUUUCAGACAUUACGUCUGUUACAUUUGACAAUAUGUUUGUAGUUUUUUCUUUCCUUUGGACUAAUCUUUGCAAAUACCCUUGAGAAAGGGCUAUUUCCAAUAAAAUUAAUUUGGGAAUAAAAUUGUUCAUCGGGUUCUGACGUGCCACAUUCUGUACGAAGGGAUUUUUCAUCAUCUUUGUUCUUAUAUGUUAGCAUUUUAGAUGGAGUGUUGAUUAAGUGUGUGGUUGGUAUUAUUAUUUUAGAUUUAUGACGAGGCUAACAGGAAGAAACAACAAAAGGCUAAAUCGUGAAGCUUAACUGAGAAUUUAAAAAAUCUUCAUUGGAAGAAAUAUUGAAAAUACCCUUGCAAAUGCCCCCCACCAUUAAAAAAAAGUUUAAAAAUACAAAAUCUAUACACGCUGCGCAUUUUUCUCAGAAUUUUAAGUUUAAACUUUGCAAACUAGUUAUGACGUUCCACUUCAUGGAUGACAAUUUUAUUUUUAUUUUUUUUAGAUGUUGACUUUGAAUACUGAACCCCCCCCAAAAAAAAAUCCCAACGAUAUUUGUCUCUAAAUUUCAAGUUCCAACGUUCCAACGUAUGUUUGAAUUUUUUUUCCCCUUCUUUAUUUGUAGAUGUUCGCUAUUAAAACGGAAUUAAGUUAGGGCGUUAGCUGUUUUUUUUUGGGGGGGGGGGGCUUGUUUGUUUUUGGUCAUCUGUUUUGUAGGAAAACCACAACAGAGAUACAUAAUACCAUGAGGAGUUAAACAAAGCAUUACAGUAGCUCACGAAAAAAAAAUGUAGCUGACAUUCUCAUAACUACUUCUGCCAAUCAGCCCUACGUCGUCAAAGGUACAGGUGUCAAAGUCAAGGAAUGGGGGCCAGAGCUGGCCCACCAUAUCUUGUUACGUGGCCCGCAAAAGCAAAUCAAGCAUGUCAAUUUCCAUGAUGAUUGCCAAAAUCUCGAACAAAAUUUUAAAUUCUCAGAUGUAAUAAAUAAGAGACAUAUUGUAAGCAUUUUAGUUGAAUCAACCGCUACUAUUGACUUUUUAAAAAAUUUGGUUUGAGUUAUAAUGGCCCUCCAAGGGAAACGGAAACUAAAAUGUGGCCCACGACAAAAAUUGGUUUGACACCACUAGUCUAAGGUGUAAUCUGCAAAAAAAAUCCAAAAUUAAAAAUAUGUGAGCGAAGUUUCUCAAUGUCAGUUGAUCGUGGCGAUGUCGCUGUCCGAUCGUAAUCUCCUCUAGAUUUUUUUUCCUUUUUUUAAAUCAGGUCCCAACCUUCUACUGCAUAUCCCAAGGAAUUUUUUGUAUUAGAUGUCAGUCCUCGAUAUGAAACGGUGGGAGGUGUUUUGUUGUUUGUUAUUUUACAUAUAAAAACGACAAGAGGGGGGCCACCUCAAAAUGUUUCCAGAUUGCACAUUGUGGUAUUUCGCUUGAUUUGAUUGUUUCAGUGCUGUUGUUAUUAUGUUGGCUGCACGUGUGUAUUUUUAUUUUAUUUUUUUGUUCCCCACCCUUUUGCUUUACGGCUUGUACUGUAGAGUGCGUGCGUGUUCACUUGCUGCUUUCGAUCGAGAGUGUUCAGCAGUGAUAUAAUUACCGAUUAGCGGUCAAAAAAAAAAAACGACUGACACGUAGUCUGUAAUUAAAUAUGCCAAUCUGCCACCGUGAUGAUGAAUGUAACAGCCGAUGAUAUAUACUUGUUGAGGUGAAUAUUACAUGCCGUAUGACGUACGUACGUAUGUGUGUACAAUUGCGCUCAAAGACAUGACACUGUCAACUCUUAUCAGCGAGGUCAAAGUGUGUAGUGUCUAUUUCUGGAAAUGUUCGGAUUUGCAGGUGAUGUGGGGCUAAUGAACCAAUGGACCACAUUUUAAUUACAAAUCAGAUCCUGUGUGUUGUUAAAAUGGAAUGUUUGUGUUCUGUUGGCCAAAAUAAACUUUUAAAUGUG